AUGCUGCACCGAGCUCGGGCGACGGACGAAGAUGACAGUGGUGUUGAGGUCUAUUGCCGGGAGGAGGAGGAGGAGGAGGAUAAAAGGAAACCCAAGGGGACCAGUCGAGUGGAGGCUCCAAGGCUGCAGGUUUCUAGUGGCUUCACUUGGGACGAGGGUUUCGAUGCCCUGGAGGUGCCUGGGCAGCACCAUCAGGAGGAGAGCUCGGACAGCGACGAGGAGGAAGAGGCACAGACCACGGGGAAGAAGCGGACGAAGAAGGAGAAGGAGCAGGAGAAGCAGCGGGUGGAGAAGGAGCUCUCCAAGAUGGAAGCUGCCCUGAUGGACCCCGGUCGGCAGCCGGUGCUGAGCAAUCCCAACAGCUCCAUCCUGUGGCUGCAGUACAUGGCCUUCCACCUCCAAGCCACGGAGAUCGAGAAGGCCAGGGCCGUGGCGGAAAGGGCGCUCAAAACCAUCUCCUUCAGGGAGGAGCAGGAGAAGCUGAACGUGUGGGUGGCUCUGCUCAACCGAGAGCGGGCUGUGCAAUAUAACGAGCCUCUGAAAGUCUUCCAGCACCUGGCCGACAUCUAUGCCAACUCUGAGAAGUACCAGCAAGCGGAUGACUUGUACAACCGGAUGCUGAAACGUUUCCGCCAGGAGAAAUCCGUGUGGCUGAGAUACGCCACCUUCCUCCUGAAACGGGGCCAGACCGAGGCCACGCACAGGCUUCUGGAUCGCGCCCUGAGGGGCCUGCCAGCGAAGGAACAUGUGGAUGUGAUCUCCAAGUUUGCCCAGCUGGAGUUCCACUUUGGGGACCCGGAACAUGCCAAGGCCGUUUUUGAGAGCACGCUCAGCAGCUACCCCAAACGCACGGACAUCUGGUCCAUCUACAUAGACAUGAUGAUCAAACACGGCAGCCAGAAGGAAGUCCGGGACAUUUUUGAGCGGGUCAUUCACCUGAGCCUGGCAGCCAAGAGGAUGAAGUUUUUCUUCAAACGCUACCUGGAUUACGAGAAGAAAUACGGCACGUCAGAAACCAUCCAGGCUGUGAAAGUAGCAGCGCUGGAGUACGUCGAGUCCAAGAGCUCUCUUGUGGAGAGCUAACUUCCAAAGCAGAGACUCCAGUCCCGGGGCCGGCUCUCUGUGUGUAGUGCACAGGAGAAGUCCACCUGUGUUGGUAAUCGUUGCCUUUCCUGAGAGAACUAGCAGCCAGCUGGAUUGUGCAGGACCAGACUAAGGUGGAAAGAACAAAGUGUAUGAAGCAAACAUUUAGAGGAGCUUUCCAUCUUUCCCCGCUGUGCAACAGACUUUUAACAUGUGGAUGAUUUUGGAUCUGGUGAUUUAAAUGCUGAUUAUUUUUUAUAACUGGUAGAAACAGCUACCCUCCAACCUGCUUUCCGGUCGAAAUGGGGCAGUUAGUGACUCCCCAUCAUUAAAUGCAAUGAUACAGCA